UGACAUUUAUGUGUGGUGACCAGGUGAAGGGAGAGGAUACUAAGGAAGACUUGGAAAUAUUACCAAAGUAAGAUAUGUGCUGUUUGACGAGGUUUUGUCACUCCUUUUGGAUUUAUUCUCGACGGCCAAACCUCGCGGUUUGAGUUUGUGAGAGCUAUGUCAGCGAACAUUCUGACCUGACUGACUGAUCUCACACCUCUGAACUUGUAAAAAAGGACAGUUUAGAAUAAUUACUUUUCCCUCAAGCGGCGGUUUUGUGAUCGUGUAGGCCUACGUGUGUGCACGUACUUGUGUUUGCCUGUCUGUGCGUGUGAGGAUUACCUGGGCGUGACGUCAUGUCCAGUCUGUCACGUGACCGGCCGUCCUCGGCCUCAGAGAAGGUCCGGCGGCCCCGGGACGUGGUCAGGCGGGGGCGGUUCUUUUCCGAGAAAUCGUCCGCCAAGGCCAAGGACGCUGGCAAGGAUAGCAGUGUCAAGGACACGUCCAAGGUGGAGCAGUUUCAGGAGAACGAAGAGAGGUCUCUGAUCAAUGCGCGUCUCCGGAGCUCCCGGUCUCACGAGUCGCUCCUGGCCUCUCCUCCCAGCAUGCACUCCAUCGACCUCAGUGCCCCGGAUGUGGAGGUCAAGCCGCUGCACAGCAGCGUGCUGGGUCAAGGUCACUGCUUCCACGUGUCCACGGCCCAGGGCAGCAAGUACAUCUCCUGUACCACAUCGGAGGAGAGGGACAAGUGGCUCUCCAG